AUGGCGUCGAGCACCAGCGUUGCACCUCCUAGCUCGCCAAAUGCUCUGGCGGUAAGACAUGCAGAUGGCCAGCAGUUACAGGUGAUCGACGGCAAGACUUCACGAAGGGGUGGGGAUACAACACCGGAGUCCAUAAACCCCCUGCUGCUGGCAUCUGUGUGCUAUGGCUCGGCCGGUGCAUUGAAUUUCCUUUUCAACAGGGAAGAUGCAAAAGUGGCACCAAUGAUAAUGCCUACUCAGGCAUUUCUUGACUUGUUAGUGGGAUACACCCCUAGUAGGAGCACCAGAAGGAGACUGACCGUGCUGCAUGCUUCUGGCGGUGUAGAAGAUGUCGUUGAUCAACUUGAUUUGCAAGCAGCAACUCCGCUUCUCAAGGGCAUCACGGCCGAGGGGGAUACCGCGCUACAUGUGGUCGCUAGCCAUGGGGACAACCUGGAGUUUUUGGAGUGUGCUAGAAUCAUCGUCAAGAGGUACCAAGCACUAUUAUUUUCUCUAAAUAAUAAGGAUGACACGCCCUUGCAUUGUGCUGCUAGAGCCGGCCAUUCCAAGAUGCUUUCUUGUCUCAUUGAAGUUGCUACAAGUCACAAGAGGCUGCAUGAACUAUUGAGACAGGAGAAUAUGUGUAAGGAGACGGCCUUGCAUGAUGCUGUACGGAUUGGAAGUAACGAUAUUGUCAUGCGUUUGUUGGCAGCUGAUUCUGACUUGGCUAAUUAUCCUAAAGAAGGCACUUCACCAUUGUACCUAGCAAUUUCACUGCAAAAGGACAUCAUUGCAAGGACACUACAUGAGAAGAGCGACGGGAAUCUUUCAUAUUUCGGACCAAAAGGGGGAAAUGCGCUACAUGCUGCAAUUCUUCGAGGCACAGGUACCAAAAGUUCUAUUCUAAAACUUAUUAGUGCACCUGAUUAA